CAGUGUGUGCCUCCUUCCAGGGAUGGGACGGAAACGAAAGGCUCCCGAGGCCCCGAAUGGGGAGCCCAGCAGUGCGGGGGCCGAGCUGGAACUGCGUUGGGAGUGGGGGGGCGCUGGCGAUGGGUGGCGGCAGUUCCUGCCCGAGGAGAACGAGGCCUUGAGCCAGGCGGCCCGGGCAGGGAAGCUGUCUGCAGACAUAGGGGAAUCUUGCGUGGACCUGCGCAGAAUGGUGCAGCGGCAUAAACAGACCGGGCAGGAAACACGCGUGGCUGCGGCUGUCCGGAAUCAGGAUUCCUACUUCGUCUGGCAGUGGCAAGGGGACGAAGAAGGCGAUUGGCUGCCGUACCCUGCAGACACCUGCCUGGCCUUGCAGGCAGCCAGGAACGAUCACGAGGAGCCCACGGUGGAAGUGACGGUCGGCCGCACGCGCUACAAACUAGACACCCUCCGCAUGGUGCAGACCAACAACCGGACCGGCUUUGAACGUCAGAUGGAGUGCAGGGAGUCUGAUGCUGCGGAGAUGAAGGAUGGAGGAUCUCAGCCGAGCAACAGCGUCCCAGGUGCCGUCGGCCCUGCUUCCGCUAAGAAGGCCCGGAAGAGAGGAGAUGCCCCAGCACCUCAAGGAGAGGGGGAUGGGAAAGAGGCAGUGAAGACGCUGAUAAUGAAGGGAAAAGCUCCCGUGGAUCCAGAAUGCACUACCAAGUUGGGGAAGGCUCACGUUUAUUGUGAGGGGGACGACAUUUAUGAUGUCAUGUUGAAUCAGACAAACCUCCAGUUCAAUAACAACAAGUACUACCUCAUCCAGCUGUUGGAAGACGACGGCGCGCGGAACUACAGCGUCUGGAUGCGCUGGGGACGUGUGGGUAAACCAGGUCAACACUCCCUUGUGACUUGUGCUGGAGACUUGGCUAAAGCCAAAGACGUCUUCAACAAAAAGUUCCUGGACAAAACCAAGAAUGAGUGGAGCACACGUUGCAACUUCCAGAAGGUUCCGGGCAAAUACGAUAUUCUCCAUCUGGACUACGAAGCCAAUGAUGCAGGUGAAGAGAAAGCUGACCCACAAAAGACAGUCCCGUGUCCCAAGCUGGUGUCGCAACUGGACCUACGGGUGCAGGCCUUGGUGGAACUGAUCUGCAACAUCCGGACCAUGGAGGAGAUGGUGGUCGAGAUGAAGUACGACACCAAGAAGGCUCCUCUAGGAAAGCUGACGGCAGAACAGAUCCGAGCUGGGUACCAGUCGCUGCAAAAGGUGGAGGCAUGUCUGAAGCGGAAGCAGGCCGGCCGUGCCCUGCUGGAGGCGUGCAAUGAAUUCUACACACGGAUCCCCCACGAUUUCGGACUGAAAACUCCCCCACUGAUAAACACAGACCAGGAGCUACAAGAGAAGGCACAGCUGCUGGAGGCCCUCAGCGAGAUCCGUAUCGGCAUCAAGCUGGUGCGGUCAGAACAGCUGCCGCUGGAGCAUCCGCUGGACCGAAGCUACCGCGGACUGGCCUGUGAGCUCCGACCCUUGGAGAAGGACAGCCCCGAUUUCCAGGUACUGGAGCGUUACCUGUUGUCCACCCACGCCCCCACCCACAAGGAUUACACGAUGACCCUGCUGGAGGUCUUUGUGCUGAAGAAGGAGAGCUCCAGUUCCGGCCACGUUUUCCGCUCCGACCUGCCCAACCGGACGCUGCUGUGGCACGGAUCCCGCCUGGGCAACUGGGCGGGGAUUUUGAGCCAGGGGUUGCGCGUGGCACCGCCAGAAGCCCCGGUCACUGGUUACAUGUUUGGGAAAGGGAUCUAUUUUGCAGACAUGUCCUCCAAGAGUGCCAAUUAUUGCUUCGCCACCCGUGAGAGAGACAUUGGCUUGCUGUUGCUCUCAGAGGUGGCAUUGGGAGAGUGCAACGAACUCCUAGAGGCAAAUCCCGAAGCAGAAAAACUGCUGGCUAGCAAACACAGUACCAAAGGACUGGGCAAACUCGCCCCACCCCCAGCCAACGGUGUCACACUGGAUGGGGCCAUGGUUCCCCUGGGACCAGCUGUGGAUACUGGGGUGGUGAACCCCGGCGGCUACACCCUGAACUACAACGAGUUCAUUGUCUACGACCCACGCCAGGUGCGUCUGAAGUACCUCCUCAAGGUGCGCUUCAACUUUACUCAGCUCUGGUGAACGCCAAGAGGCGACGAGUACAAGGGCGAUAGAUGAGCCCUGCUGGCAUUUUCGUGACCUGACAUUGCAAGUGCCUUCAAGAGACAACAUCCUUCAAGAGACUUCUCUUCCGAAGGUCCGGGUAAAAGUGGAACUAUCAAGCUGGCUGGCUUCUUAAGAUAACAUGUUAAAAUAGCGGAGGCUUUUUGAGGCCUCUAAUUGCUAGCCGGGGUUUUCUUGCAAACACAGUUACUCUGGAUGAGAAAUACAAAAUGGCUGACACCACUUCAUUUUUCAAUAAACAAGAAAUGGUUCUGUA